GCAGUAGUGAGAAGAUGGCGGACGCGGUGAACGUCGGCGUCAACUUAGACGCGUUUUCCCAUGCAAUCAGCGGGAUCCAGGCGCUGCGCUCGAGCGUGAGCCGCGUGUUCGAGUUCCUGAAGGACGGCAUGAGGAACCGGGAGACGCUGGAGGGCCGAGAGAAGCAGUUCAUCGCAGAGUUCCAGGACAACCUGCAGGCGGUCAACAGAGACAUGAAUGAACUGGAGCGCCUCAGCGGUCUGGUGGGCCGUCCCUCCGAAUCCCAUCCCCUUCACAACAGCGGCCUGCUGAGUCUGGACCCGGUUCAGGACAAAACUCCUUUGUACUCGCAGUUGCUGCAGGCCUACAAGUGGUCCAACAAGUUGCAGUACCACGCGGGCUUGGCCUCCAGUUUGUUGAAUCAACAGUCACUAAAACGGUCAGCUAAUCAGAUGGGAGCUUCAGCCAAGAGACGGCCCAAAGUGCAGCCCAGUACCCUGGUUCUGCCUCCUCAGUAUGUGGAUGAUGUCAUCUCCCGGAUCGGCAGGAUGUUUCCUGACAUGACCAUCGAGCUGUUCAGACCCAAUGGGACAUCGGCAGUUUUGCUGGUGACGCUGGGGAAGGUGUUGAAGGCGAUAGUGGUGAUGCGUUCACUCUUCAUCGACAGAACGGUUGUCCGAGGAUUCAACGAGAAUGUUUACAACGAGGAUGGAAAGCUGGAUAUUUGGUCAAAGUCCCAAUACCAGGUGUUUCAAAAGGUAACAGAUCAUGCCACCACUGCCCUGCUGCACUACCAGCUGCCCCAGAUGCCUGAUGUUGUUGUUCGGUCCUUCAUGACGUGGCUGCGCAGCUACAUUAAGCUAUUCCAGUCUUCCUGUCAGCGGUGCGGGCACUUCCUGCAGGAUGGGCUUCCUCCAACAUGGAGGGACUUUAGGACCCUGGAGGCGUUUCACGACACCUGCCGGAUGUAACCUGCCACUUUGUUUGUUUGAACUGCUUUUGUAUGUGCAGAAAUAUUUAAAUAAAUGUUGUUCAUA